AUUGCUAUUAUUGCUAGAUUUGUUUGCUCCAUCUUCCUACCCUGUUGUUCUCUCUCCCAUGGAAGCUGCAGGAGCCCCUGUCCCACAAUGUCAUCUAUCCAGGUGCCACUGCUGCUCCUCUGCCUGACAUUGUGUGGUGUUUGCCUCAGUGGGGAGCAGCCCCUUCCAGAGGCAAGUGAGAACAUGAAAAGAAGUCCCCUGGAUGACAUCCUGCAGAGAUCUCAAAGCCUCUUUCUUCAAUCUUUCCUCAAGAAAGCUGAAAAGAAAGAAGACAUAAAUAAAGAAUCAGAUGCACCCCUGCCAGAAUGGCUUGCAAAAAGACAGCACCCUGGGAGAAAGUUCUUAAGUGACCUGGAGAAGAGACAGCAUCCUGGAAAAAGAGAUGCUGAAGAAGAAAAACCUUAUGGAGACAUUCAUAAUUGGCAGCAUCCAGGGAAAAGAGAGAUAGAAGAUGACCUUAACAGCUACCUGGAGCUGAAAAAGCGACAGCAUCCUGGCAGAAGGUCAGUGUUGGAGCAGUACGCUGACAUCUCUAGUGCACAGCUAACCUACUUGAAUGAGAUAUCCAAAAGACAGCAUCCAGGCAGGAGGUAUCUGAUGUACAAGCACCAGCAUCCUCGCAAGAGAGGAUGGAAUGUUGAGGCAGACCUGAAUGACCAAUAUGGUGAGGAACAUCAGCACGCUGGAAAAAGGGACUGGAAUUCUGACAGCCCAGAUGAUGCAAGCCCCUGCCACUUCCAGGAUUCCUCCACCUCUAGCAAAGGCAGCUUGCUGCUGGAUUUUGUAGAGGAUGUUAGCAAAGACAGGGCAGAAGAAAAACGUCAGCACCCAGGAAGGAGAUCAGCAUGGGAGAGUGAAACUGAGGAAUGA